GGAUUCCGAAGUGAAAUAUUUUUGAAAAUAAAAAUUUUAGCAGUCAUUGAUUAUUGGAUUAUGAAUGAUUAUGAUAUAUGUGUAUCUGUAUAUCUGGUAUUUUUUUAUUUGGUGAUAUUGUGAUGUGAAUUGUUAGAAUUAAGAUAAGAAUGAGUUAGAUCUAAAUUGUAUAGCUUUUGCUUUUUACCAUUGAGAAUAUAUACUGUGAAUUUCUGAACACAAUGCAGUAAUUGAGUGACUUGCCCUAGAUAUGUUUGUUCAAUGAAAUGAUGACUUUAGUUUUUUUCUCUGUGUCAUUCCUUUAAUGAAGAUCCUGCUCUACAUUUAACAAAGUCAAGUGCCAGCCAAUUGAUUCUGAUCUACCCGUUUGGAUACUCUUUAUGAGAGUCAAUUGGCAACUUUAUCUGGUGUAAAAUACCAUACAAUUAAGCAUUUGUUGCUAUCACAUAAGAAUCAACACCCAAAUCUUUCAACAACCAAAUCUGGUUUCAGUCUGUCUACUUGAGAGUUGUUGGGAAUUCACAAUGGCGGAUGGCAGUCCUAGAACUGAUACUUCGACUGAUGCAGAUACUGAAGAUAAGAAUUUUCAUAGUAAUGGGUCACUGGCGAUUGCGGAUUAUGAUGGCAGCGAAAAGUCCAGAGAUCAAAAGAUGCUUCGGAGGCUUGCUCAAAAUCGUGAAGCUGCAAGAAAAAGCCGUUUAAGAAAAAAGGCUUAUGUCCAACAGUUAGAGAGCAGCAGAAUGAAGCUGACCCAACUUGAACAGGAACUCCAACGAGCUCGGCAGCAGGGCAUCUUUAUUUCAAGUUCAGGAGAUCAAUCUCAAUCCAAUAGUGGAAAUGGUAUGACAGUCUUCUUUUGA